AGGCUAAAACGGACUUCUUCACGUUAGUUUUCUCUAAACUUCAUCAGCGUUCAUCACUUUAGGAGACAAAUCAAAAGAAGACGAAGUGAAGCGAGAAGAAAUGAAAAUGAAGCUGGUUUUUGUGCUGUUUUUGGUUUCCACUUUGCUGCUAACAAACAAGGCCCUCGAAAAGCGAGCUUCUGUGACGUACAAAAAUGGCGGCGAAGUGUGGUUGACGUCAGACAAGGGAAAAGAUGUUGUGUUGCAUCCUGGGCAAGGUGGACGGGUACGAAUAAACGGGGCUUUUUUCAAUCUCAAGAUAGGUUCAUCGGGUAAUCCAUGUAACGAGGGAAACGAAGGAUCCGCUAUUUACAGAAAUGGAGCCCUUGAAAUCUGUGAUGGUGUUCGCUAUGUUAGCGUGACAGCUAAACUUGGCAGUGCUAGGAAUCCAGCUCCAUCUUGUAAGGCGAUCCUGGAGGACGAUUGGUCUGCUCCAAGUGGUGUCUACUACAUCAAGACUAAUGCAACAGUAACCAAAGUGUACUGUUACAUGGAGAACAUCCCCGGAUGUGGUGGAGGAGGCUGGACUACCAUCAUGAAGACCAACGGAUACUUGCUUACAUUCCGAUAUGGUUCAGCAUUGUGGAGUAACAGAGCUAGCUAUCACGUGACAGGAGGCCAAUCAGGAGCGGAUCAUCAAGAAACCAAGCUACCAACUUACUGGACAAUGCCCUUCAACAGUCUUUGUCUGGGAAUGGUAACCAGCUUUCAUAGCAAGCCGAGAUAGAUUCGACUUAACUACAGGGCAAGUUCGCUGUACUCUGUGAUAGCAGACGGACGGUACCGUAGCACCUCCCUUGGACGUAAGGCAUGGAAGUCUCUCAUCCCAGGCUCUUCCCUGCAGCGGAACUGUAACAAGGAGGGGUUCAAUUUCCAUGUCAGUGGCUAUCAUGGUGUGCGCAUUGGUUUCAUG